CUAAGAAAGCAACAACCAAACCAAAAACUUACRAUAACAAAAACGGAAGGCACCACGAAAGCAAUUAACAACAAGGUUGACCAAUAAGACCGCUGUCUUUCAAAACCWUUUAAAUUCAACGCUAUUAUUCAUUAGCUCACCAUGGGAAACAUACUGGGGAAAGAAAAACCACUGAAGGAGGUCCUCCGAGAGAAUAAGCGAAUGAUUAAUCGGGCAAUCCGAGAACUGGAUCGAGAAAAGAAUGGUUUGGAACGAGAAGAAAAGAGACUCACCCUCGAAAUCAAGAAGGCCGCAAAAGAGGGUCAAAUGGGACCAGUAAACAUUAUGGCUAAGGUUAGUGUUGUUUGCUAUCGAGUUUCGAUAGGUGUCAUUGGAGGAGUCAUACUGAAAAUAGGUACAAUCACUGUUGUGUUUGUCGCGCGAGGGUGACGCAUACCGGCAGAGAGUGACUGCCUUUUGUGUUUAGGUCUGAGUCGUUGCCCACCAUGAUCACAGUUGUUCAACAUUGCAUAUCUUAUUCCAAUUCUUGCUGUUUGAAAUACCUUUGAACGAAUGCUCUUSACGRCCGACUCGAUGUCGAUCCAUUUGGACGAUGCAACUGCCUGAUAAUUGAAAUCUCGAUUUUUUCUUCCGGCAUUGGGACUAUUAUAGGACCUUGUGCGGACGCGACAAUACAUUACCAAAUUCAUUGAAAUGCGUAGCCAUCUGCAGGGAUGUGCCCUCAAGUUGCAAACGGUCAAAUCCCACCACGCCAUGGCAGAUGCCAUGAAGUCCACCGCAAAGGCCAUGCACAAAAUGAACAAGGCCGUCGAUGUUCCGGCCAUCAAYAAGAUGAUGCAGGAUUUCGAGCGAGAAAACGCCAAGACAGAAAUUAUGCAGGAAAUAAUGGGCGACACRAUUGACGAUGCCCUCGGCGGAGAAGAAAACGAGGAGGAGGAAGAWGCGGUUGUCAAUCAGGUCCUGGACGAAAUCGGAAUUUCCUUUGGAGAAGAUCUACCCAGCGCGGCUCCUACGGCUCCCGUUGGAGUUUCGGAAGCGGCCUCGCCGGGCAAGGUCGCUAUGUCGGCCUCGGGGGGUGGUGGUGACAUGGAUCCACAACUGAGCGAGCUCGAGGCGAGGUURAACAAYUUGAAACGAUAAUGUUGAAUUGUGCUAAUWCAAUAAACCACUGUAUCAUUU